UAAAGCACUGGAUUCCCCCAACUCUUCUGCCAUUUUCAAUCACUGAUCUUUAUCCCCCACACAUUUUUUCACUCCCAUAUUCCCCUACAACCACAUGUCUCUCCCUCUCUCACAUGUAGAUUUUUUGUCAGAGCUACAUUCCCCUUAUUGUUUUGUCUUUCUGGGUUCUGGGCAGGCAGACCCUUUUGUGUCAGAAGAAAAUCUCCAUCACCAACGCUGGUUUGUCCUUGGAUCUAUCUCUAAAAAGGCAAUCCCACAGCCCCAAUAUUGCUUGCAAGUUUAACAUAUUUAGAUCUGCAUCCAUACCCAACAAUCCAAAAACCCUAAUCUUCGAAGAACCAUUCUUCCCUUGGCAACUAUGAAUCCAAAGCGCUUCUCUUCGAGUACCCGGCCUAGUACUUCAGUAAAAUCUAGGUUCACCUGUGGUUUCCUUCGAGCCCUGUGGAGAAUCAACAGGCAAAGAAGAACCACUUCUGCAUCUUCUAGGGAGAUCUGUCGUCGAUAUCUCCGAGUCAAGGUUGCUGCCGAUGUAUCCAUGGCUUCUGCCGUGGGGUCACGGAGAGCUUGGAGUCGUGCUAUAUUGCUUCGAAAGCUUCGAAACAAAGGACAAAACGGCACAGUUCGGGUUAGAAGAAUGAGCAAUAUUCUCGGCAUGAGGAAAAGAAAUAUAUGUGGUAACAAGUGUACGGAGGAGUUGGGAACUUGCCAAGCCGAGCAGCUACGAAAACUAGUGCCUGGUGGUGAAGAAAUGGAUAUGUGCAACUUGUUAGGGGAGACUGCUCAUUAUAUAGAGUGCCUCACCACCCAGGUAAAGGUGAUGAGAAGAAUUGCUGAAAUUCUCUCUACUUAAAUCGAGUCUAGAACUGAAAUCGAACCAAAAAAUAUAUUUACAUGAUGUCCAGAAUAAAUUUCCUUACCAGGGAAGUGCAUGCUGAUGAUCAUGACCCGGAGGAAAGGAAAAAGAAAGAUAGCUAGUACAGUACUCAACGAUAAAUAUAUAGAAUUUGUAUGGUUCCUGUAAUUGCUGUUCUUGAUUUGUUAAUUAAAGGUUUUGUCUUUUUUAUUGCC